UUCUUCUGAACCACCAUCAUCUCAAAAAUGGCCCCUGCAGGAACUCUCUGGACAACGCCAGCUCAGUGGAAGGGCAAGGCUAUCAAGGCCAUCGCCGCCUUCGGAGGCGUUGAGGUCGCUGAGCCCGCCAGCUACGAGCAUUUCGUCGACAACAAGAAGCCUGAGUUCCUCGCCAAGUUCCCCCAUGGCAAGAUUCCUGCCUGGGAGGGUGCUGAGGGCUUCAAACUUUUCGAAGGUGCCGCCAUCGCUCGCUAUGUCGCUUCCCUUGCCCCCAACUCUGGUCUUCUUGGAAACAGCACCGAGGAUGCUGCUUUGGUUGAUCAAUGGGUUCACCUGGUCGAGAGUGAGGUCGAUGUCUACACUGACUUCGUCCGCACCAUCACGAGUGGACAGAUCCCCUACAACAAGCCCACCCACACCAACCUCUUGGAGCGCCAAACUCGUGCAUUGAACACCCUUGAUGCCCACCUCAAGGCCAACACUUUCUUCGUCGGUGAACGCAUCACCGCUGCUGAUAUCUGGGUCGCCACUCUCAUCCAAAAGGCCGUUGGUUUCACCGUUGAUGCCCCCGCCCGCGCCAAGCUCCCUAACCUCGUCCGCCACCUUGAGACCAUCGCCAACCAGCCCAAGUUGAAGGAGAUCUUCGGCGAAAUCAACUACGUCGAGAAGGGCAUCCAAUUCACUCCCCCUGCUAAGGAGGCCAAGCCCAAGGCUGCUCCUGCCCCCAAGGCUGCCCCAAAGAAGGCGGAGGCUGAGGAGGAGGAAGAGCCUGCUGCCCCCGUCAUCCCCAAAUCCAAGCACCCCCUCGAAGACCUUCCCAAGUCUUCCUUCAACCUUGAGGACUGGAAGCGUGCUUACUCCAACUUGGACACUCGCGGUCCCGGCGGUGCCAUCGAGUGGUUCUACCAGCACAACGAUCCCGUCGGUAUCUCCGUCUGGCGUGUUGACUUCAAGUGGCAAGAGGAGUUGACUCACACCUUCAUGUCCUCCAACCAAGUCACCGGCUUCUUCAACCGAUUGGAGGCUUCCCGCAAGUACGCCUUCGGCUCCGUUGGUGUUCUCGGCGAGGAUAACAACAACAUGAUCACUGGUGUCCUCAUUGUCCGUGGCCAGGAGAUCGUCCCUGUCGUUGACGUCGCCCCCGAUUGGGAAUCAUACAGCUUCACCAAGCUCGACCUCUCCAACGACGCCGACAAGGCCUACUUCGAGGGUGCUCUUGCCUGGGAUCUUGAGAUCGACGGCAAGAAGUGGGUCGAUGGAAAGAACCUCAAGUAAAUGCGUGGUGACGUGGGUUAGAGAAGUUGCUUUCAUCUGUAUUAUGUUUUCGUGUAUUUUGGCAAUCCAUGCAUUUUUUGAUCAGUG